CCGGGGUUCACGAAGUUCGCUACCUCGUCGUACGUUUUUAAUAAUUUCAAUUAGUCAAUAUAUAAUGGUGGUCGAUACAAUGGAGACAAUGGAAAAUGAUAGGCACGAUGCGCUUCUGAAUAAGUAUUUUGUAAAUAGAUUUCGAAAGGGAUAUGUAACAGUCGAUGGGGUGACUAUGCCCGUAAGGUUUAAAGAACUGCAAGAAAAUAUUUUAAAUUGGAACGUGAACGAGCAAGAUGUAUGGAUUUGUAGUUUUCCAAAAACAGGAACUACCUGGACACAAGAAAUGGUAUGGAUGAUAUUAAACGAUCUUGAUUUUGAGGGUGGUCAGGUCAAUUUGGGUGCACGUUCUCCAUUUUUGGAAGUGUCAGCUUUGUUUGACUACAGGGACCUUAUGAGAGAUGUUGAAGGAUUCGAUGUUCCACCAUUUUUGAACGACUCUUUAAAAUUUGUACAAAACCAAAAAAGUCCUGUAUGUAUUAAAACCCAUUUGCCGUUUAAUCUUCUACCUAAAGCAAUACAGGAUGGCACCAAAAGACCUAAGAUUAUAUACAUAGCUAGAAAUCCCAAGGACACAUGCCUAUCUUAUUAUCAUCAUGCAAAACUCCUUGAAGGAUAUACUGGCGAUUUUGAAACUUUCUGCAGACUAUUUCUCGCAAAUAAGUUAUGUUUUGCACCUUACUGGAAACACUUACUCCAGUUCUGGAACAGACGCCAUGAGGACAAUGUCCUCUUCCUUCGAUACGAAGACAUGAAGAAAGAUCUUCCUUCGGCUAUUCGAGCAACCGCUAAAUUUCUAGAGAAGGAUUUGAACGAGAACCAAGUGGACAUUCUUACCGACCACUUAAGUUUCGAUAGUAUGAAGAAAAACCCGGCGGUAAAUUACGAAUUGGUCACGGAAUUAAAUAAGAAAUACAAACUCAUAGAACAGGAAGGCAUGUUUAUGCGUUCUGGAUCGGUAGGUGGAUAUAAAACUGUUAUGUCCCCGGAAUUGAUAGAGGAAUUUGACAGGUGGAUUCGUACGAAUACAAAAAAUACAGAUUUUCAGUUCUAUUAAGGUGAAAUUUGUUUUUUUUUUUAUAUUUUAAGUUAGUAUGUUAAAAAUAAGAAAUAGAAAUAGAGAUAGAUUGUUACUUGAA